AUGUCAUUAGCGAAUUCGUUAACACACUACGAGAUCUUAAGGAUCCCAUCGGAUGCUACACAAGAAGAGAUCAAAAGGGCAUAUAGAGACCAAUUAUUACAUACACACCCCGAUAAGCUAACUAAAAAUACACAUGGCACGAUAAGCAGUGUCACAAUCAAUAAGAUUCAAGAUGCUUAUAGAAUAUUGUCAGAUAUAAGAUCACGCUGUGAAUAUGAUAGGCUGAUCCUUGAAAACUACAAACAGCAAGGAUUUCACAAUUGUGGUGACGGGCUGGAUGAAUUUUCUUUAGAUGACUUCUCGUUUGAUGAGGAUAAACUUGAGUUUAUGAUGAACUGUCCGCGUUGUCAAUUUGUCAAUGGUUUUCAUUUUAGUGAGAGUUUUUUAGACGAAUGCAUUGACAACACAAACGUCACUGAAAGGAACCAUUCUGGAUAUCAACUGUUGACCCAAUGUAGUGCAUGCAGCUUGUGGUUAAAAGUUAACUUUGACGUCGAGGAAGAGUUAGCAGGACAAUAA